ACCGUUUUCCCUGCACAUUACUGGGUCAGAAAACAGGUUGUAGAUGGUCUGCAGACCUGUUAAUGUUAAUGUAAUCUUGAAAGAAUAUAGAAAUAGGCCACAUGGACCUUUUUUAUUUUUUGGUGUUGUGUUCUCUGUGUGCAAGUUGUCUGUGUGCGGUCAAAAAAGGCGAGGGUGACGAAUGGGUGCAUCUCCCAAAUAAAUGUGAAGUAUGUAAGUUUGUAAGCAUCGAAAUGAAGUCCGCAUUUGACGAAACUGGGAAGACAAAAGAAGUGAUUGACACCAACUACCGCUUCAUUGACGGCAAGGGGUCAGCACCAAUCAAAUAUGUGAAAUCUGACAUGCGCUUCAUCGAAGUGGUAGAGAAUGUGUGCAAGAGGCUGCUGGAGUACAAUCUGCACAAGAGAGAACAGGAAGCAACCGCUUUGCCCAAGGGGAUGUCCGAGACCUUCUCCACUCUGCAUAACCUGGUCGACAAGGGUGUCAAGGUGGUGAUGGACAUCCCAUACGAGCUGUGGAAUGAGACCAGCGCUGAGGUGUCCGACCUCAAGAAACAGUGUGACGGCAUGGUGGAGAAAUAUGAGGAGGUCAUUGAAGACUGGUACAAGGGAACUCAGGAAGAAAUCUCACCACUUACCUCUGUGAGAAACACGUUUCCAAGGGACAAGAUCAAGGUAGAAUACAGCUACAAAGGAUAA